AAGUUCUCGUGCUUUCCAUUGGCAGACGCCCGGCAAAUAUAUACGCUGCUUGCUUCAGACGGUAUGAUUCCCUUUGUGUUCAAGGAAGAGACCGACGGUUGUUGUGUCUUCGGCAAAGCACUGCGAAUUCAGCGAACUUUUGAGCGUCCCAGCAUUCACUGUUGUAGCACUGCAGUCCAGUGAAGGCGAUCCACCAUGACAGACGUCGACAUGCUCCCCCCCUCGCCGUCCUCCCCUAUCGAUUGCAUACCUGUCGAAGUGCUCGAAAAGAUCCUGCUCUGGGUAUGCGACAGCACCCCCUUGAUCCUGCCCCCCUCCAAGACCCAACUACACCCACCCCAGCUUCCCGUCGCACCUCUUCAGCUGGGCUGGGUCUGCCGGCAAUGGAGAGCCCUCACCCUCGGCAACACCGCGUUCUGGACGCCCCCGAAGAUCAAGAUCGACCUCGAGGAGUACGAGCUCGGGGAGCUCUGGGAAGAAUGGUCCGAAAGCGACGACAGCGACGGUGACAGCGACAGCGAGUCCGAGCGCGAGUCCGCCGAAAGGAAAGCCCGGCUGGCCGAGCACGAUCGCCAGGUCGCGAACGCCGCCACCAUAUUGAAGUGCUACCUCGACCGCUCGGGCUCGGCGCCGCUGCCGUACGUGCAGAUCAACGCACUGCUGGACCUGGAGUAUGACUUCUUCGAGGAUUACUGGGAGCCCAGCUUCGGGCCCAUCCUCCUCACGCUCGCCCCCUCGCUGCCGCGCUGGCGGGAAUGCACCAUCCCGGUCUUCCUCGCCAACAUAUUGCGCGAGAUCGCAGGAGGUGCGCGGCCCCUCCUACUCGAGGACGUGCACAUGCCGCACACGUACGACUCCAUCUUGGACUCCGAUGUCUUCGUCGAUGCGCCUCGUCUGCGCAAGUGGACCGGGCCGAUAGUCGGCAUCGAGCUGCCGUGGGCGCAGCUCACGCAUCUGCACGUCACGGUCUCCACCCCCAUCCGAGAUGUCUUCAGGCUGCUGCCGAAGCUGAAGCAGGUCGUCGACCUCGACUUACGCAUCAACGGCGAGGAGUCGGACGAGCCUCCCGUCAUUAAGGUCGUUUUCCGGCGUCUACGCAUCCUGAGCGUGCAAGUGCCCACCCGUCGUGUGCUCUCUCGCCUCUUUUCCGCCCUGAAAGCACCCGAGCUACAGGACCUGACGGUGAUCGGCGCGGGGCAUGGUUCCUCCGGUCUGAAGCUGCGCACUUGGCCUAUGCGAACAUUCACUAUGAUGCUCGAGCGCUCGCAAUGCGUCUUAAGGUCUCUGCACCUCGAGUACAUUUGCCUGCCGCAAGCGCAGUUUGUCGCCCUACUGGAGAAGGUCCCCCGCCUGCAGGACUUCACUAUCACGAAUCAUAAUGUCACGAACGACCCCGCGAGGCCUGACCGCCCGACGACCAUCGGCGACACUGUCCUCGAGCGUAUGAUCGUCAGAGAGGGGGCUGACCCGGCGUUGCUCUCUGAGCUCAGGGUGCUCAAGAUCGACGGGUCGCUGCACUUCGACCCCGAGGUCCUCGUGGAGAUGGUGAAGUCGAGGACAAACCCACGGCUGGAGCAUCUGCAUCUGCACAUGGACGGCAAGUCCGUCGUCGACGUGAACGAGCCAUUGGAGGGGCGGUUGAAGGGCAUCAUGGGCGAGAAGGGAUAUACGUGGAGCUGGUCGGCGGACAUUAGCUUCAGGAAGCGGGGCGUCCUCGAAGCGAUGGGCAGGGCGAUGGAAGAGGAGGAAUCGAGGACAGGAAUGUCGGAAACAAGUACCUGACUAUCUAUAUCUUAUGCAUUUGUAUCAAGCAGUUUAUGCUCUACUCUCGAUUUCUUGUUCGUCGCCGAGCUUGUGCUUGAGCUUCAUGGAUGGAUCGAUCCCUCGACAAAGCCGAGA